AUGUCCCCUAGCGGCACUUCAGGCACUGGAGGAGUCCGGAACCUUCGUGCAAUAUUCGAAAACAAACCGUCGGAGGAUCAAUCUGCUUCUCCGCCAAGUCGAGGCCGGUCACCUGCUCAUUCAGAGACAUCACUUCACAGCAGACCCGUCAGUAACGUACGGGCCACAUUUAUUGCUGUCGAGAGACCUGGUGAUAGUGAAGAAGGACAACACUGGGGUUUGAGAAAGAUCAGCGACGUUACUACCAUGGCCGACAUCAAGCAAGAACCCGAUAAAGAUUCUUUGGCGAACGGGGCUGACGAUACAUCGAACGGGGCUGCUAAUACAUCAAACUCGGCUGACAAGACAUCGGACGGGGCUGACAAGACAUCGAACGGGGCUGCUUAUACAUCAAACUCGGCUGACAAGACAUCGGACGGGGCUGGCAACACAUCCAACGGGGCUGAUAAUACAUCGGACUUGGCUCCGCAACCGAACAGCGUACAUGACAGCUCGGAAUCCAAAAUGCUGCAGUCAAUUGCAGAAAAUUCUACACCUGGUGGUCUCGGUGGUAUCUUGAAAGGAUCUGAUUUCGAAGCUUCUCCACCAUCCAAAGAGCAAGCGACUGGCGCAAGAGAGCUUCCGAAGUCUCCUACACCACAGAGGACGGGUUCUCCUUCGACAAGGCCAAAUGCUAACCCAAGUCCUGGGUCGCUACCCAAGUCGACUAUUGGCAGCAGGAUCAAAGAUGCAGUGUCUUCGAACCACAAUCACCCACCUCCCCCAACCAAACUCAACACUACUAAGGAUACAAAGCCCAUCAAACCGCCUCCAACCAGACGAGUUCCGCCCACGAAACCCUCUCCGAAGACUCCUACCUCUCCUCGCUCUCCUCGAGCACCAAGACCGGUAUUGUCACCUAGGAUGGGAAAGCCUAUGACCCGAGGCUCUGGUGCCAAGCCCAUGGCCGUGGCUGAGUCUGCGAAGAACGUUUCCACGUCCGAUCGAGCGAAGAUGCCUCCUACGUCACCAAAAGAGCCGAGAUCCACUGCCUUGAGUCUACAGGGGACGGCUGCCGCUCGUCAAGCUCCCACUUCGCCCAAAACGAACGGAUCGCAGAAGGAUGCCAAACCAUCAUCACCUGAAGCCAGAUCAAGAUCUACCAGAGUAUCUGCUUCCCUUACGGCCCCUACAGCAGCUUCUGCUGCCAAAAGCGGCAAUCCUACAACUCUUGGUCGGAAGCCCACGGUCACUAGACGGGACCCCCCACCGGCGAAGAUAGCUGCUUCUACUGCUCCAGUAAUUAAGAAACCUGCAAGGUCAUCUCUUUCUUCUCAAGCCAAUGGGCCCGGCAAGGCACAGUCAGGGACCAGCGCAGCGAAGAAGGCGCAUGGUGAGGGCUUCUUGGCCAGAAUGAUGCGCCCAACCACUAGCAGUGCUCAAAAAGCCCACGAAAAGGUAGCACCUAGCAGCCCUCCACAGGCUAAGCGAGCGGCACCUGCGCAGGCGGCCAAGGGUAAAGCACGGAUAAGUAUGACGAUAUCGGACGAAGACAAAGAGAACAGCCAUCAGGGAGGGCAGGAAAUCGAUCCUUCGUCAGCUGCAUCUGAGGCAAAACAGCCCGAAAUGAAUGGUACUAGCAAUGCUGAACCUGGACCAUUAAAUGAUAUCACUCCUGCGGCGAAUGCUGAACAUUCAGCAGCAGAGGUAGAACAGGCCAGGUCCAAUGGGACUGGCGAGACUGAACCACAACCACUCAACGGUACCCCUUCCGCGGCGGAUGAUAUGAAACACACAGUCAGCUCCCAUACCGAUGCUCUCGAGGUGUCUGGCGCUUAA